GUGUGAAGAAGCUUCAAUCGUCGCUUAGCAAGCUCGAAAGAUAGGUCGUUGUAAUAAUUAACAAAUAAACCAUGACGGAAAAACAUUGCGACGUUCUCCAUAAUGAGAAAUUCGGCCGAUAUCUUGUUGCAAAUAAAGAUUUGAAUGCCGGCGAAUUAAUUUUUACCGAUACACCAUUUGUUUUCGGACCGAAACAAGAUUCCCCGCCUCUAUGUCUUGCCUGUUUCUGCCCGGUGGACAACUCCAUGUGCACCCGCUGCAGCUGGCCCAUAUGCAGUGAGGCUUGCGAGAAGGCGCCACAACAUAAGAUUGAGUGCGACGUGUUCUCUGCUGUUAAAGUCAAAUUCCAACCUGUGGAUGACUGGACCGUGGCCUCGCCGCAACUAGAUUGUAUAACACCAUUAAGGAUGCUUAUAGCAAAAGAAAGAGAUCCCGACCGCUGGCACAGCGAGCUCGAAGCGAUGGAGACUCACACUGAAGAACGAAUGAAAAGACCUUCUUGGGAAGCUGAACAGAACAAUGUCAUCAAUUUUUUGCUGAACCAUUGCAAACUUAGUGCAAGAUUUAGUAGAGAAUUAGUUGAAAAAGUUUGCGGUAUUUUAGCGGUGAAUGCUGUUGAAAUACCAUCAAGAGGGGGCUUUAGCUCUCACGCCGUUUACCCAUUUCUCGCCAUCGCUGCCCAUAGCUGCGUCCCUAACAUUGUGCAUACUAUUUUAUAUGAUGAUUACAGAGUACAAGUUCGAGCAGCUGUACCUAUCAAAUCAGGGGACAUAUUAUACUUAAGUUACACACAUGCGUUGGCUCCAACGUUAACUAGGCGCGAAUACCUCCUGGAGUCCAAGUUCUUCAACUGUGAAUGUGAGAGGUGUGCAGAUCCAACUGAAAUGGGAACACAUCUGAGUACGUUGAAAUGCAGCAAAUGUGACAAUGGAGUUAUAAUAUCUAAUAAUUCAUUAGAUAAUGACGCUGAAUGGAAUUGUACGGAUAAAAAAUGCUGUUUCAAAACGAGUGGGGCUGCCAUGCGCAAAAUGUUAUCGGUUAUACAAACAGAAGUGGAUCAACUUGAUUCCAUAGAACCGGGUCCGCAGGCUAUCGAACAAAGAGAAGCUUUUAUAAAUAAGUACAAGUCGGUAUUCCAUCCUCGACAUUCAGUGUUGCUAUCGGUAAAGUACACACUAGCUGAGUUAUAUGGGCGGGUGGAGGGCUACACUAUUGACGAGUUGCCAGAUUUGAUGCUCGAACGAAAAGUGGAAAUGUGUCGACUGGUCCUGAAAACUCUCGACAUAAUUUUACCUGGAGAAAGUCGUAUGAGAGGAAUGAUGUUAUACGAAUUGCACGCCCCACUAAUGUAUUUAGCAAGAAAUGAAUUCAGUGCUGGGAUCAUAGCGCAAGAACAACUCAAAGAAAAGUUGCAAGAGCCAUUGCAGUGCUUGGCUGAUGCUGCCAGGAUUCUGCAAAGGGAGGAUCCACAAAGCCCGGAAGGAAUUAUAGGGAAUAUCGCGUAUCAAUCGAUGGAACAGCUGAAACUUAGCUUAGAUACUUUGUAAAAACCAAUUUUAUUUACAUAGAAUAAUAAG